GGUUCUUCACGCUCGCUUCGAUCGAGUCUCCUAUUAAAUUGGAAGCGGCGAGUAUAGUGAAUCAGAGAUGAUGGCCAUGAGGUCGGCGCUCGGAGUGAUUCCUUGUCUCGCCCGAUCGUCUGUGGCGGUGGCGAAGGAGGUCGCCGCCCCGAGGAGCUCGCGCUUCUUUAGCGACGGGAAGGGUAGGGUUCUGAGCGAGGAGGAGAGGGCCGCCGAGACCAUCUACAUCCAGAAAAUGGAGAGGGAGAGGCUGGAGAAACUGAAGAAGCAGCAGGAGAAAGAGAAGGCUGAGGCCGAGAAGAGUAAACAGUGAUCCUCUGUUUGCAAAACAUAUCUUUCAUGCGAGUGUCCCUCAUCAGUCUUUUCCCUCUUUCAUCAAAUGACAUCUGAUGCUUUCUUCACAGAAACCCGAUAACAAGAGCUGAUGUUGCUAUACCUGCCUGGCCUCAUUCAUGUUUCGAAGCACUCUGCUCUUUAUAUAAUCAGACAUGAUGAAUAAACGUGUGUGAACAAACGGGAUGCCCAUGCCAGUUUGGUAUUCUCCUAGAACUCAGUUUAUCCACCUGUACUUGUAAUUACAGCAUUCUAUUUAAAGCUGUCUUUGUUGUUAA